AUGUAUCCUGCUGGUGAUGGGCAAGGCGGAUGGAAUGCACCAGGUCCAUACAUUGUCAGCAGUGACUUUGGCCAGGGGGGCCCGCCUCCGCCACCUCCGAUGCCGCCCCCUGGAGAUCCUCCAAUCCCCUUGCAGGACCCCCCUCCGCCUUACUCUCAGGGCCCACCGGUCCCGAUACCGCCACCGCUGCCUGACCAGCCCCCGGCCCCACCAGCAGACCCAGCUCAGCAGUGGCCAGAUCAGCAGGGCGCAGAGCUCUCACAGGAGCAGUAUGCGGCCAUGAAUCCAGAGCAGCAAGCCGCAUACUGGGCACAAUGGCAGUAUUACACACAGUACUAUGACCAACAACAGCAACAGCAGCAGCCGUAUCCACCUGCACAAUACCAGCAGCCCAAUCAGUAUGAGCAGCAGCAGUGGGGACAGCAGUACGCUCAGCAGCCACUGCAACAGCCUCAGUACCCUCAGCCGGACUUAGGGGCCUACUACCAACAGCAGCAAAUGCAGCAGAUGCCCCAACAAGCCCAGUACCCAAUGCCCUCGUCAGGCCAGAUCAUGUUUCAUGCUUACAGUGGAGGUGCUCCCUCUGGUGUCCAUGGGAUCCAGAUGCCCUAUGGCCAAGCUGGGCCAGGGCUGGGGAUGGCUGGUGCCUUAUCAGCAGCACCGGCACCCAAGAGGACGGUGCCCAGUUGGCUGCGCGCAGAGAUGCUCAAGCGUGGCAUUAACCUCAAUGCAUCUGGAGGCAGCGGCGGCCGCCUAGCUGGGGGUGAGUCAUCGGAGGAGGAAGAGGAAGCAGCCCAGCUGGGCCGGGCAGAGGAGCUGCGGAGGGAACGCCUCAAUGCGCUCGUCAAGCGCAAUUUGACCGCCAUCCUGCUGGAGGUUACUGACGCAAUGUUCGAGGAGGUAGCUGUGGAUGUGUUCAAAGCUUCCCAGAAAAGCAAGUCUGCACCGACCUUCACUGGGGGUAAGGAGGAGAAGGCGGCUCCUGGCGGAGCUGUUGUCCUGACCCGAGAAGGCAGUGAAGAGGAUGAAGGCAGUGGAGGGGGUGAUGCAUUGGGGCUGGGGUACGGCUCAGAGGAUGCCUCAGACGAUGAAGCUGAGCUGGAGCAGGUGCCUGCGCAAGAGGCCAGCAGCAAAGAAGCUGAGGUGGCUCCAGCUGAAGCAGCUGCUGCGGGACAAACAGGGGAUCCUGUCGUGAGAUUGUCACAGGAGGCCGAGGAGAUCGAGAGUCACGCGCAACCAGGGAUGCAGCAGGAGCAGGAAGCAGCCUCUGCUGGGGACGCUGCGCCGGCAGGUGCCAGCAGUGGGGAGGAGCCCCCACAAGCAUCAGAUGCUCCAGCGGCUGCAGCAGCUGCAGGAUUUACUGCCCAGGUGGCCAAUGGCGCUGCAGCGAUAUUUAGCAAGGGAGACAGCGUGUGGUACAUUGACCGCGAGGGCAAGCGCUGCGCUGCUGUGGUGCUGGCGGUUGACGUGAUGCACCCACCGCCGUCGUACUGCAUCCACCUGGACGGCGCUAACAGCUCGCGCGAGACCGAGGGCCACCGCCUGGAGCCGCGUGCAGUCACGCACGCCCCUGCAGACCAGCCAGUGGCAGAUGCGGAGCCUGAAAAAGGACCAGCGUCAGCAGGAGAUGAGGUGGGCAUGGCUGAGGGGAGUGCUGGCCCGGGUGCUGCUCCUGAGCUGACGGAGGAGAGAAGUCAAGGCAAAGACUUGGCAAAGCUGAAGGAUACUGAAAGAGAAAAGAACAGAGGCAAGGAGCAGAAAGCAAAAGUGAAGGAGAAGGACAAGGAGAAGGACUCUGGUAGGGACAAGAAAGAGCGGGAGAGUGCCAGAAAGGGCAGAGAUGCGAACAGCGACAGGAGAGCUGACAAAGCAGAAAAAGAAAAGGAGCGGGAUAGAAAGAGCGAAAAGGAAGACAUCAGGAAGCGGCGAAGGAGCAGCAGGUCUAGGAGCAGGGAUCGCCUCAGGCGUGAGCGCAGCAGGAGCCGAGAAAGGGAGCGCGAGCGUGAGAGGGAGAGGAGGGAGGAGAGGGAGAAGGAGCGCAGCAGGAAACACUCUGCCAGCAGGAGCCGCAGCCCUGCACGCAAACGCAGGCGCUCACGCACUGCCUCCCCUGCCAGAGACGAGGGGAGCAGAAGGCACAGGCAUAGGGACAGCUCAUCGCCCAUUCCAAAGAAGAAGAGUGAGAAGAAGGACAGCAAGAAGGGCAAGGAAAAGGAUCGCGAGGACAAAAGGAAGAAGUAG